AUACCGGGAUCGUCAAAUGGGGGAAACUUUAAAUUCCAAAUAUUUGCCUGUCCUGACUAAAAUUUGGGUGUUUCGACAUCACAGACAUAAGAUCUUCGCUCCAGUGGGCCCAUUUAAAAGACAAAUGUUUGAAUACAAGAGCUGUACAAUCCACAUCUCGAAGCCAUGAGGACAUGACAAAAAACCUUCUAAUUCAAACUUACAUAAAAAGCUACCAUGACGGACCAAGACAAAAAGAUUACUCCUAAGCAUACAGUACAGACUCGAGUGGUGUUUCUGAAGUUGAGCGACAUUGACACGGUGAAGGAACAGUUCGCAGCAGACGUGUUCAUAGAGAGCAGAUGGCGGGAAAAGUCGCUGGACCACGGAAAGGAAAACGACAAUAUGGAUUUUUCCAAAUACUGGCAUCCCAAGCUAAUUGUCCAAAACGUGAUCUCAACAUCGAAAGACAAUGUGUGGAAAAAACUAGAAUUCGGUAAGAAUGGGGAGGCAUUUAUUGUAGAGAAGAGGAGAAUUAAAGGAAUAUUCACAGAAAACUUGGAGUUACAAGACUUCCCGUUUGAUCUUCAGGACCUGAGUAUUGUGCUGACGUCAGAACAUCCGGUCGAGGAACUGGAAAUCAUCGAAGACGACGAACAUUUGAGCUCCAUUAUCGUUUCUUGUUUUGUUGACGAACAGGAAUGGGAACUGCGAGAGUUUGUAGAAUCAGAAAUAAGGAAAGUGUCAAAAGAGUUUACAGGGUCCAAAAACGUAGUCUAUCCAUUUCUUGUCUUCAAAACUUUGGCCAUGAGAAGGGCUGGUUUCUUUGUUUGGAACAUCAUCUUGAUCAUGACCAUCAUUAGUUCACUGUCUUUCGCCACAUUUGCUGUCAAUAGAAAUCUUCCACAGAAUCGACUUCAGUUGGCCUUCACCCUGACCCUUACAGGGGUCACAUUUAGAUUUGUAACCAAUCAGCAACUUCCAAAGAUAUCGUAUUUAACAAGAUUGGAUAAGUACAUCCUGUAUUGUAUGGUCUUUAACUACCUGGUUACCGCAUGGCACGCCAUUGUGACCCUGAUCUCUGAUGAUGAUGCCCAGGCGGACUAUGACCUCUACUUCUUCAUCGGCUUUGCCGUCUUCUACGCCCUGUUCCAUAUCUUCUUCUACGCCAUUUCUUUGAAAACCAAGACGGUAUAUGUCCGGAUGGUCUUCAUCCGAAUGGACAAUGUGGAAACUCUCAAGGAGCAGUUUGAUGGGGACGUUUACUUCAGGGCCAGAUGGCGGGAACCCAAACUAGACAACCUCAAGGAGAAUCAGCCUGUGGACCAUAGAAACUUUUGGAACCCAGCAAUACAAAUCAGAAACAAGGUGUCCGAGAAAUUCUCCAAAACAUGGUACGAGGUCCUCACGAUAAAUGGAGAAGCCUACUUGGUUCAAAAAUCUCGACAGAUUGGGACCUUUGCGGAGAGAUUAGAACUCCAUGAUUUUCCUUUUGAUUCACAACCCCUCAAUGUAUGUUUCACGUCCUCACUGCCCGAGUCUGAGCUGGAGUUGGUACCGGACACAGUGAAGCCGAGUGAGAUAGGCGUGUCCUGCUAUAUCCACGCCCAGGAGUGGGACCUGGAGCCUUUCGUGGAGUCGGAGACCUCAGUAGCCGCCACCGAGGAGGGCUACAGUCCUAUCCUUAACAUCCGGGGACUCGCCAGCAGGAAAUACUCUUUUUUCAUAUGGAAUAUCAUCAUAAUUAUGACAUUGAUUGGUUCGCUACCAUUAACUACGUUUGCAAUUAACCGGAACAACCCCCAGCGUCGCCUACUGUUGGGGUUCAUCUUGGCUCUGACUGGAGUAUCCUUCCGAUUCAUGGCUAACCAGAGUAUACCAAAGAUACCAUACCAAACUCUCUUAGACCGAUACCUAUUAGUCAGUAUGCUGUUUAACUACUUGGUCUGUAUAUGGCAUAUCAUCGUCUCUCGCUUUGAGGACGAUAGUGACACGCAGGGUACAAUGGACCUAUAUGCUUUCAUUGCAACUGUCAUCAUCUACAUCGCAUAUCAACUCGCAUUUUUAAUCGUCGUAGUCGUUAAGAUUUUAUUGAAACAACGAAAAAUUAAAGAAAAGGUACAAGUUUAUCAGACAAACUUGGAAAACGCCAGUAAUGCUGUCCAGGUCAAGAAUCCCAUUAAAGUGAACAAACUACAGAAAAGACAGACUGUAGCCAAGUUUUCACAUCUUAUUCUCAAGUCUUCCUACGAAAAAGAAAAAACAGAAUAGACUAAUGGACGCAAAUAUAUGAUAAUACCAAACUUUAUUCCAAGUUUUUAUGUGUCUUUAUUUUUCUAUUGUUAACUAUAUUGAAGUAUAUUUUUGUUGUUUAAAAUAAAAUAUCAGAAAUA